CGUACCACAUCCGGUCCGGCUGUCAAAACCGUCCGCCACCAACGCGGCUCAUCGUGUUUGAAUGUGGCAUCUUCGUGUGAUACUGCUUAAAUUAACAACAAACAAGUCUUUAAUAAACGUUAGCGGACCGGGGAGUGUGUCGGGGCUGUUGAGUUCACGGUCUAACUGCCGCUGUUCGUCCUCUGUAGACGCUUCUCACACCGGCACAAAACCACGAUACAUGUCGAGUGAAGCGAAGAGACUGCGCUCAGAAAACAUGACCGUUAAAAAGAUCGGGACUCAUAACGGCACCUUUCACUGUGACGAGGUUCUGGCCUGUUUCUUCCUCCGCCAGUUACCUGACUACAAGGAUGCUGAAAUCAUUCGGUCCAGGGACCCGGCACAGCUGGCACAGUGCGACGUUGUUGUAGACGUGGGAGGAGAGUUUGACCCAAAGAGGCACCGCUACGACCACCAUCAGAGGACGUUUUCAGAGACCUUCCACAGCUUGUGUCCAGAGAAGCCGUGGGUGACCAAGCUCAGCUCGGCCGGCCUGGUCUACCUGCACUUUGGUCGUCAGCUGCUGGCCCAGCUGACGCAGCUGAAGGAGGAUGACAGGCAGCUGGAGGUGCUUUAUGAUAAGCUCUAUGAGAACUUUGUGGAGGAGGUGGAUGCUGUAGACAACGGCAUUUCACAGUGUGACGGGGAGGCCCGCUACACCGUCUCCAGCACGCUGAGCGCACGUGUCAGCUACCUGAACCCGCGCUGGAACAGCAAGAGUCAGGACACCGAGACGCUGAGAGAGGGAGGUCAGACUGAGGCCGAGGCGGGACAUGACAUGACGCUGAUGAAACAGGCUGCAGAGAUCAGAGAGGAGAUGGAGGGUUUCAGGAAGGCCAUGAAGAUGGUUGGCGAGGAGUUUCUGGACCGUCUGGAUUAUUACCAGUCCUCCUGGCUGCCGGCUCGUGUGGUGGUGGAGGACGCUGUCAAGGAGAGGCAUCAGGUCGAUCCCAGUGGGGAGGUGGUGUUGUUCUCCCAGGGCGGGUGUCCCUGGAAGGAGCAUCUGUUUGCCCUGGAGAAGGAGCUCCAGGUGGAGACGCCCAUCAAGUUUGUCCUUUACCCAGACCAGAACGGACAGUGGAGGGUCCAGUGUGUUCCCGCUGGGCUCAACACCUUUCAGAACAGGCUGUCACUGCUAGAAGAGUGGCGCGGCAUUCGAGAUGAGGCGCUGUCGGAGCUCAGCGGGAUUAAGGGCUGCAUCUUCGUCCACGCCGCAGGCUUUAUUGGCGGGAACAAGACCCAGGAAGGAGCCCUGGAGAUGGCCCGGAGGACCCUGCAGGCCGCAGCCCAGUCCCCUGCGAACGGAAGCAGCUGACCGGUCGGAGAGGACGGCCAGCAGCACGCUCUGUUCCCGGGGUCAGUCUUUAGAGAGGAGAGCUAGGAUUAAAAUGUUAGUUUGUUAGCUUGCAGCUUGUUCAUCCGAGCCAGGUCUAAUGUUGUUUUGUUCUGUCUUGCCAGAAUGGGGAUGGUAUGGAAAUGGCAGCCAAAUAAUCUUGGACCAGUUCCCUAAAUACCUACAUUUCAAAACACUCACUCUGAAUAAUAGUGUGACUGCUGUUCCUCUCCUCUCUGCCUGUACUACAUGUGCACCUGUUUUAGUAUUCAUUCUUUCACAAUAAAAGACUUUGGUAAUAUUCUGA